GCCCGUCUUGAAGCACCUCGUAUAUGCGCUGUAGCUAAAUGGUAUGAGUCCUGCUUCGUACUCACACCAGACGGGCGCGACGUUGUUUUGAGGCGAACUUGCCAGUCAGCUUGUCCGUUAUCAGUCUGCAUUCCUUUUUCCUCUUCCUCUAGCUUUUUUCCUCUUGAUUCCUCUAGCUCGGGUACGAUUCGGUUAGGGGUGAGCUUAAAGCAACAGAGCUGGCACUGCCGGGAUCGGACGUAG